UAUCGAGGAAAUGAUCCUCGAAGCUAAUGAAGUAAGGAACUUGUUCUAAUCGAUAUGAAUCAAAAUAUGACUCAGCAGCUGCUCAAUUGUUUCAAAUUGAAGGCUGUCAGAUGAGUGCCCAGGUGGUGGUCAUGGGAUGAGUCUAGUAUCUAUUUAAGAGAAUUAUGCAUUAAAUGUGCAUUAACCGUGCAUUUAAAGAAGAUUACUGAUCUUUCUUCAAGUGGCCCGUGACAGAUAGACCCCGCCACAUUCCAGAAAAUUCAAGGUUCAAUCAAUCAUCGAUGUUUCAAAAUGUUCCACGGUUCUUUCUUUUGAAAGGAUUUGAUGCUUAAGAAUACGCCUACAGCACGUGAUACACUUGUACAUAGUACAAGCCUGAUAGCACUGCAUCAGCCACCAAAGCCUUAUCUUCCAAUCAGCAGCUAGUUUAACCUUUUCACGGAGGCCAACGGGUGAUCGCAUGCCAUUCCUCCGAAGGUCUUCAAAGUUCAAACCUUCUUUCUACAUUUAAUUAUCUUCACCUUUUCUACCAUAGAAUCAUUCGCCUUCACAACUCCCACCCCCCAUCUCACCUCCCUACGCUGGGCAUGAUGUUGCCCUCAUCGGUGCGGCGGGUUGUCUCUGCUGCACCUCAAUCAUCCCUUUUCUCCAGCCUCGGACAUACCACCGCUCGUACGCCCGCCGCCUUUCUUGUCUGCAAUCCAAACAGCCUGCAGCGACGACGCUAUUCCUCCUCAAAACCCUCCAGCCCUAACGACUCCCCGAAAGGCAUUUCAGAUGGCCAAGUGACAGCUUCGCCAUCCCAGCCUACGAAACAACCUGGCGAGAAGCGAAGGCGCAAGACCAAAGAAAUCAAUGACCUUCAAAAACUUCCUAGCGUUCCCAGCACGCAACAUGUACCACAAGAAGCUCUAGCCUUGUCGACCUUCUUCUCGCUGCAUCGGCCCAUGUCUGUAACCCACAGCUUCCCGAAAACGAUCACAGAUGAUGCGUUUGCCCAAAUAUUUGCCUCUCGCUCAAAGAGUAGCAAAUACAACGAUGUCAUGUCAACCCUCUCAAGAACUGUCGAUGAGCUUGAAGAGCCUAUGCAGAAUAUGAGCCUUGACAACCAAAGCGCCAGCGAGAUUAUCGCGGAUGCUAGCGGUGAACAACUGCACAAGAUCGAGUUGAAAUACCCUGACGGCACCGAAUCGAGUGUUUACGUCCAGCUCAACACCAUGUCUGGCCAGUUUUUACCAUUCCGACCGCCACCAUUCCCGCAACCUGGAAACGCAACCGCGACUUCGGCUAAAGCCGAGCAAGCGGUGGACAAAGCACCGCAACGCCGUAUUUACAAGGCUAUGUUUACGAUUGAGGAGUCAGCCGAUGCGGACGGCCAGGUUCAAAUCACGGCACACAGUCCAAAAAUAGUUGAUGAAGCACCUACACCACGCAGUUUCAUCGAACGCAUGGCUAUUCGCCAGACUCGAUGGCGUGAUGAAGUUCGCGGACAGAACCCCAAUAUGAUGGCCAUCAGUGUGCGACGACAAAGAAAACUAAAAAUGAAGAAGAAGAAGUAUAAGAAGCUGAUGAAGCGAACACGAACGGAGCGACGGAAGCUCGAUCGUGUUUAAAUCCAGUAUAGUUCCCUUGUACAUAAAACCAGAACCCAAUGACCUAGGGCCAACGUGCCCGCACACGCGAAUCUGGGGAAUAAGGCGGGUUAUCAUCAUGCGGUGUAUAGGUCGGAUUAUUUGGGUCAUUUCUUCUCUGGGGUUUCUUCCUCCUAGUUAGAUCAUAUCAUGCCUAUCCGGUUUCUCUUGAAAGCAUCACAUCUGUAAAUACGCCACUACGGCGAUAUCCCAAUCCAAUCUCAUUUUUUUCCUCACGACUCAACUCAUUAUGCACUAUCCUAACUAGGUACUUCAGUGAUGUAUUGGCUUUUCAACCAUCAGUUCGAUUAAUGAAAAAACGACCUCAGCAGCGGCAAGUGCCGUUGUUUGACCAGCUGUAUCGUAGAUCGGUGCCACCUCUACGACAUCCGCACCGAUGACAUCAAGGCCAUUCAAACCAUCAAGGAUUGUGAGCAGUUCUCUCGACGACCAGCCUCCAGGCUCCGGCGUUCCUGUCGCUAUAAAUCAAUCAGUAUCUCAUAUUUCGCUCAUCACCUACGGUGGAUGUGUGCUCAUUGCAACGACUUACCUGGCGCAAAUGCGGGAUCGAGG